CUUCAGCUCCAGGCUCCAGCAACAUGGUUUCUACAGAAGCUGCUCGAAUGACUGUUGGUGUUCUAGGAAACAUUGUCGCACUUUUCUUGUUCUUGUCCCCAGUGCCAACUUUUGUUCAAAUAUGGAAGAAAGGGUCAGUGGAGCAUUACUCACCAGCACCAUACCUUGCAACCCUAGUGAACUGCAUGGUCUGGACCUUCUACAGCCUGCCCAUGGUGCACCCCCACAGCACCUUGGUGCUGACCAUCGACGGCGCCGGGAUUGCCAUCGAGCUUACUUACUUAAUUAUUUUCUUUAUCUUCUCUGACAGGAAAAAGAGGCUCAAAUUUUUGCUGGGGCUGCUGAUUGAACUCAUAUUCAUCAGCGUUCUCACAUCUUUGGUUUUAACCCUAACCCAUUCACAUAAGGAGCGGUCUUUGAUUGUAGGCAUCAUAGGCAUUUUGUUCGGCAUCAUGAUGUAUGCUUCACCAUUGGUUGUCAUGAAAAUGGUGCUUACCACAAGAAGUGUGGAGUAUAUGCCUUUUUUCCUGUCUUUCACUGGCUUUCUCAGUGGUCUUACCUGGAGUACUUAUGCUCUUAUUCAAUUUGACCUCUUCAUCCUCGUACCCAGUGUGGUGGGAGUAGUAUUUUCGAUGGCCCAGUUGAUUCUCUAUGCUACUUUCUACAAAUCAACAAAGAGACAGAUUGCAGAAAGGGAGGGCAAAACUGGCCAGAUGGAUUUGUUAGAGCUAGUGGUGAAUGAAGAAGAAUCUAAGAAGGUUGGCAGCGGUGCACCUUAG